AUGGAUCAAUUCCGCGGGCUAUUUGACAAAUUGGACCAAAACAACGAUGGCUACAUUUCCAAAGGAGAGCUGCACAAUGAAAUGAGAAAGCAUGGGAUACUAUCUGCAGAUGGCAAAGUGCAGAAUAUUAUUGAUUCCUAUGACCAAAACCAAGAUGGCCUAUUAGAUUACAAAGAAUUCCUCAGUUAUAUGAUGGAUAGAGAGAAGAAAUGGAAAAUUCACUUUCAAGAUUUGGAUAGGGACAAGUGCGGGGUGAUUGACCAGGAGGACAUUAUCAGUCUGUUUAAGGAGUUGGGAGUGGUCAUAACCAAGACGAAUGCAAAGCGAAUCAUACAAAUGAUGGACAAAGACAACUCUCUGACCGUGGACUGGAGUGAGUUCUUACAUCAUGUGAUUAUUAACCCUGUGGAGAACAUUGGAGAGCUGGUGUCAUCAUGGAAACAUAAUGUGGUGUUUGACGUGGGGGAGAGUCGAGCGAUGCCGUUAGAGUUUUCAGAGGAGCCUGGAGUCUGGAGUAGGUUUGUUCUGUCGGCCGGUUUAGCAGACGCUGUGUCCAGGACUGUGACUGCUCCUAUAGAUCGGCUGAAGACUCAACUACAGGUCCAUGGUUCUAAGGCGUUUUCUCAGGGCUUCCAGGAGCUCAGAUCUGGAGGUGUACGCUCGAUGUGGCAAGGAAAUGCUGUCAAUGUUUUAAAAGGAACGCCUCAGUCCACUCUGCAGUGUCUAAUCUAUGCACAGAUGAAGGCAUACACUCAGGACCAGUGUCAGGACAGUCUGACGGUGCAGCACAGGUUUGCUUUGGGGUGUGUCUCUGGAGCUGUGGCUCACGCGGUCUUCUACCCUCUCGAGGUGCUGAAGGUGCGUCUGAACCUGCUCCAGCCUGGCACAUAUAAAGGAGUUGUGUCCUAUGCCCGCUCCAUCUACACACAUGAGUCUUUGUUGUCGUUUUACAGAGGGUUUAAGCCUAGCAUCCUCUGUAUGAUCCCCUAUGCUGGUGUGGAGUGCGCUGUUCACCAGUCAAUAAUGAACUGGGCGAAGAGUAACCCAACAUACAACAGCGAGUCUCAGCUAUUUUUCUUCAGUUUUGUCGCCUUUGCCUCCGGACAAAUGACCAGUUAUCCAUUAGCUGUGAUACGGACUCACCAACAAGCAGAAGCUUUCUGGCCAUCAUCGCAUCGGUCUACUGGAGUACUAAAUGGCCUUAUAGGAAUUUAUGAGAGAAAUGGAUUCAGGGGUUUUUAUAAUGGAAUGGGAGCCAGCUUUGUACGAGCUAUACCUUGUGCUUCUAUUAACUAUUUAUUAAUUCGAAGAUUUGAGACUAUGUUUUCCCUAGAAUCAUAA